GAUUGGCUACGCGCCAGGGCGGGGGCGGGAGGAGCCGUGUGGGCGCUGAGGGGGUCGCGGCCGCCAUGUCGGUACCGCUGGUCAUGGCGGUGGGGAACGACCUCGGGGCCAAGGGAGCGGAGCCGCCGGAGCCGCUGGAGCAGCUGGAGCUGUGCGGAACCUGCCGGGAGCGGCUCAGCCCCCAGCGGGAGCCGCGCUUGCUGCCCUGCCUGCACUCGGUGUGCCGGGUCUGCCUCGGGGCCACGCCGGGAGCCGCCGACAGCGAUGGGCUGGUGUUCGAGUGCCCCGUGUGCCACCAGCAGUGUCCCCUCGGUGACAUCAUGGAGAACUUCUUCCUGCAGGACAACGGGGCUGGCACAGCCCUGGCUCAGGGCAGCGGGCAGACCUGCACCAACUGCGAGGACAACGCGGCGGCCACCAGCUUCUGCCUGGAGUGCGCGGAGCCGCUGUGUGACACCUGCGUGGAGGCCCACCAGAGGGUCAGGUACACCCGGGAGCACACCGUGAGGGCCUUGGUGGGUCUGGGCCCGGUGCCGGGGCCGUGCCCCGCCCACCCCUCGGAGCCGCUGGCCCUGUUCUGCAGCGCCUGCGACGCGCUCACCUGCCGCGCCUGCCACCUGGGCAGCCACCGCGACCACCCCUCUCAGCCCCUGGAGGACGCCGUGCGCCGGCAGCGCUCCGUGCUGGCCGCGCUGCUGCAGCGCCUGGGUGACAAACACGCCGCGCUGCGGCGCUCCACCGCCGAGCUGCGCGCCUUCAUCCGGCGCGCGGCCGACGGGCAGAAGCGCGUGCAGGUGGAGGUGAAGAUGGCCGUGCUGCAGAUCAUGCGCGAGCUCAACAAGCGCGGCAAGGCGCUGCUCAGCGACGCACAGAGGGUGAGCGAGGGCCGGCAGGAGCGGCUGGAGCGGCAGCAGCGCGCGCUGGGCCGGGCGCAGCGGCAGCAGGAGCACGUUCUGCGAUUCGCGGCGCGGGCCCUGGACAGUCCCCACGGCACCGCCCUGCUGCUCUCCCGGAGGCUGAUCCACUCCCAGCUGCUCCGGGCUCUCCGUGUCACCGUGGAGCCGCUGGAGCCGCAGGGGGAGCUCAAAUUCCAGUGGGACCUGCAGGCCUGGACCAGGAGCGCCGAGAGCUUCGGUGCCAUCGUGUCGGAGCAUCCCCAACCCCCCCCGCUGAGCCCCCGGCCCGUGCUGAGUGUCACCGUCCCCCAGGGGCUGUCCCCACACUGCCAGGGUCCCCCCCAGGACUCGCUGUCCCCUGGGGCACAGGUGACCCCCGAGCCGCUCCCGGAGCCCCCCGAGCUGUCCCCUCCCCACCUGGAGCCGCAGCCACCUGAGAGCCCCGAGCUGGCCGCCAGCCCCCCCGAAAACGGCGUCACCGGCGUCGGGAGGAGGAAAGCCGGGAACUCUCCCAAGGAGGAGAAGUUCGUUAAGAAGCUGCUCAUUAAACGGAGGGGCCCCCCCGGUGCCCAGGACAGCCCCCGGCUGCCCAAGGUGCCGCGGGUGAGCCUGGAGCGCCUGGAGCUGGACCUGGAGCUGGACCCGGCGCAGCCGCCCGUGUUCCGCAUCUUCCCGGGGCCCUCGGCCGAGGAGUUCAGCGUCAUCGUCAUCGAGCAGGGGACAGCGGGGACAGCAGGGACAGCAGGGACAGCGGGGACAGCAGGGACAGGGACAGCAGGGACAGCAGGGACAGCAGGCACGGUGCUGCCACACCCAGCCGUCCCUGUCAAGGAGGAGCAGCAGGAGUCACCGAUUGGGGACGUUGGGGACACCAAACCCGUGGUGCUGCCGCCCCCCGCGCAGGGGGAGCCGGGCCCCGCCCCAGGCUGCUCCCCCGGCCCGGGGGGGCUCCCGGGGGCGCCGCCGGGGGUCUCGUGCUGCCGCGUGUGCGGCCAGGCCGGGGCCGUGGUGAUGUGUGACCGCUGCCAGCGCUGCUUCCACCUGCACUGCCACCUGCCCGCGCUGCAGGACGUGCCCAGCCCCGAGUGGACGUGUUUGCUGUGCCAGGAGCUGCCCCCGCCCCGCCCGGACCCGGAGCAGGACCAGGACCAGGAUCAGGACCAGGAUCAGGAUCUGGGCCCUCCCCUGAAGCUGAGCCCCCAGGACCAGCAGAGGUGCGAGUUCGUGCUGCUGGAGCUGCUGUGCCACGAGCCCUGCCGGCCCCUGCAUCGCCUCUCCAGCUCCCCGGACGGCCGCGACGCCAUGGACCUGACGCUGAUGCGCGCGCGGCUGCAGGAGAAGCUGAGCCCUCACUACCGCAGCCCCGAGGAGUUCGCCCGCGACGGCUGGCAGCUGCUGCGGCAGUUCCACCGCCUCACCGAGGACAAGGCGGAUGUGCAGUCCAUCCUGGGGCUGCAGCGGUUCCUCGAGAGCCGCCUCAGCGCCGCCUUCGGGGACCAGAAAUUCUCCCGGCUGCUGUUGGAUGCUGAGGAUGGGCUGGAGAUGUUCCCAGCGUCCUGAUCCCCACUCCUGGGGGGUUGAAAGCUGGAUUUCCCCCCUGGGGUCCUGGUUCUCCCCCCAUUGUUUGUCCCCAGAGUGUCCCAGGACAUGGGGAUGUCCCUGUCCCCCGUUAUCCUGGGGUUACUUGGAAAAAUACAGCCCUGGCUUGAUUUCCUGGA